AUGGCUCCGAGUCCCGCCGACAUGGAGAAUUGGUGGCUCACCGUCGGCAUUGACGCUUUGAGUCGGCUCGUCGACCGGCGUCGCCUCGCUCACAAACCGUGCGAGUGCGGCUACCUCCAGGCAAUCCAUCGAAAGCUUCGCGCCUUUGACAAUGACCCGGAGCUCGAAAAGAGCGCGCGGGCGCACAUGGCCACAAUCUGUAGAGCCAGCAAUACCCCUCCCCCCAUCACCGGGUUCAAUCCGCGCAGGACGAUGAACGAGGUCAUCCGUUCCAUCUUCCGUCACCUCGACCAUGGCGCCAUCGAGUUUUCUCGCGCUCUCCUUGGACUCGAACAUCUUGACCGAGUCGAGUUGCACCGCCUCCACCUGUUGGCAUUUACCCGCGCAGCCAUGUACGAUGGCGGUGCCGGCAGCCGAGUUCGCGUCGCCCAUGACCCUCGGCUCAUCGAGGAGCUUCACCGCCAGGCCAGCUUCCGAUACCGCCAGUUUUACAUGGGUUUUCGGGCUUGCAUUCUCGUCGACACCCUCUCGCCUCGUCGGCAAGUCAGGACGCCGGCCCAGGCCAUGGCCCGACUCAAUGCUCUCUUCCCCCCAUUCGCCAUUUCAGAGGCCUUCGGAGAUGGCCAUCUCAUCCCAUGCUCGAAUGGUCUACGUGACAGCCUCAGGUUCUCCAUCUACGAGCACUUAAUGGGCGAUGCCCCCCUUUCUGAUGCCCGUCAGCGGGCCGUCAGCAUCAAGGUCUUUGCCUGGUGUGACAUCCCCGGCUAUCCGCAGGCUUAG